GCGCACACAGCCGAAAAACCAAAGAUUUUUCACUGCUGAAGGAACGGAAAUACGUCAUAAGUGCUUCCUGGGUUGAAGCCGGUAAGAUGGCGGCGGACACGCAGGUACAAGACACGCUGAAAAAAUUUGCUGCAAAAGUGACAACAUCCAGUGUUAAGGAGCGCAAAGAAAUCCUAAGUGAACUAAAGACUUGCAUUUCAGGAAAAGAUCUGCCUGAGGCAGCAGUUAAGGGUCUAUGUAAGCUGUUUUGUUUAACUCUGCACCGUUAUAGAGAUGCAGCCUCUCGAAGAGCUUUGCAGUCUGCUGUCCAGCAGUUGUUGGAAUCUCAGCCAGAAGUAACAACUAAAAACUUAUUGCAGUCACUACAGUCUUUUGGAUUUGGAGCCCGGAAUGCAGAGCCUAGUAAGAGCACUGGAUCAGCUGCAGCUUUGGCAUUAUCCUGGACAUAUGUGGUUGUCAGGGUUGCAUUUGCCAAUAAGGAGAGGCAACAGGGGGAAACAUGGAAGAAACUGGUGGAAUGUCAGUCAUUUUUGUUGAUGGAGAUACUUGGAGGCUUGCACAAACAUGCUGUUGAUGGGUCAGUGAGGAAGAUGAACAAUUUGUGGAAGGAGAAUUCUGGUCUUGUUGAAAGGCAUCUGGACACAGUUCUCAGCCUGGAGCCCAACCAGUACUUAGCUGGUAUUCUUGGUCUUGCCGUACAGUUCUGCAUGAAGCAGAAGGAGAUGGAAGUGCUUAAUAAAUGCAGGAACAACCUUUUAGAUUUCUACGUAAAGACCAUUCUUAUGAGUAAAGGAAAACCUCCGAAAUACGUGCUUGAUAGCUGUGUUCCAUUACUGCAGCCUCUUUCUCACUCAGAGUUUAAAGAACAGGUGUUACCUGUGUUACAGAAGUCUCUUCUUCGCAGUCCUGAAAAUGUGAUUGAUACCAUUUCUUCCUUAUUUUCAUCUGUUAACCUUGAUCUUAGCCAGUAUGCUGAGGAACUAGGCAAAGGUCUUGCAGGUCAAUUAAAAUCAAACAACACUCAGCUGAUGGAUGGUGCUGUUGUUGCCCUUCAGAACCUUGCACAUCAGUGCAGUGACCCAGCAGCAGUAGAAACCAUGGGAAAACACUUAUUUGCAAUUUUAGGAGGGUCUGAGGGAAAACUGACAGCUGUGGCCCAAAAGAUGAGUGUACUCUCAGGCAUUGGCAGUCUCAGUCACCAUGUAGUAUCUGGAAACUCCUGUCAAGAACUGAGUAGGACCAUUUCAGAACUAUUCAUCCCCUUCCUUCAGCAAGAAGUUCAUGAGGGAACCUUGAUACAUGCCAUAGCCAUACUGACUCUGUGGUGUCAGAAGUUCAACACAGAUGUUCCUAAGAAGCUUGUUGAAUGGUUUCAGAAAGCUUUAGUUCUAAAGACCAGCACCACUGGAGUAAGGCAUUCGUACCUUCAGUGUAUGCUUGUGUCGUUCCGGGGUGAUACUCUGCAGCAGGCUUCGGAACUGUUACCUUUGUUGAUUCAAACUGUGGAGAAAGCUUCAUCACAAACCUCUCAGAUAAAUGUGUUGGCAGAAGGGUUGGCAGCAGCUGUCCUUAUCUGCAGGCUGUCUGUAGUUGAGACCAAGCAUGAAGCCAAGCUAAGCACUUUCUGGCAAUUGGUAACAGAUGAAAAGAAACAGAUUUUUACUUCUGAGAAGUUUAUAACCUCUGCAACUGAAGAUUCGCUGUGCACAUUAUUGCAGUUGAGUGAAAGGCUUCUUCUUGAUCACAUUCAUCGACUCUCUGAUAACAAAGCUCAACCAUACUAUCGUGCUCUGAUCAGCAUCCUGCUAAAUCGCUCAUGGAAAGUACGCAAGCUGUCUCGUCAAACUAUAAAAAAGUUGCUAGCAUCCCUUGGUGGAACGAAACUGGUGAAGGGCUUUUUGAUAGAACUGAAAUCUGUUCUGAGUUCUAACAAGCAUCUGAUAUCAGACAUACAUGUAACAGAAUCAGAGGAUUCACCAGAACUGGGAAAAUCACAGCUGUCUCCUAGAAUUCUGCAGGAAGCACUUUAUGUAUUGACGCACGUGCCCGGACUGGAGUCAGACUCUAUAGAGGCAGACUAUUUGGCGCAGAUGCUCCUUGUUCUUGCAAAUCAUCCAUCUCUUAUGCCUGCAUACUCUGGCCUCUGGGCAGACCUCCUGCAGAAGAUGAAAAUUGACCCAAACCAGUUCAUUAAUAAACACUUUGAUGAUUUUGUUCCUUUAAUUACAUCAAAGGAUGCACUAGACCAGGCUGCACUGAAUGCUGCAGGCUCUCUGGCUAGUCUUUCUCCUGGAAAAGUUCUCCCCCGUCUGAUUGGGAUCAUCACUGAAUCUCUGCAGAAUCCUUCUUUGUGCCAGGUGACACGGGAGGAGUAUGCAAUAAUGCAAACCCCUGAUGGAGAGCUGUAUGACAAGUCUAUUAUACAAAGUGCUCAACAGGACAGCAUGAAAAAAGCAAACAUGAAAAGGGAGAACAAAGCAUACUCCUUCAAAGAGCAAAUCAUAGAACUGGAGCUAAAGGAGGAAAUAAAGAAGAAAAAGGGCAUAAAGGAAGAACUGCAGUUAACAAGUAAACAGAAGGAAAUGCUGCAGGCUCAGAUGGAGAAAGAGAAUCAGAUCCGAAAGAGACUUAUAGAGUUGGAUAGAGAAUUGGAAAACGCCCUUCGACUUCUAGAUUCUGUUUUACGGCAAAACCCUUCUGGUCUUUCUCAGCACAUUCCAGCUCUGACUAGUUCAUUUCUACCUUUACUUCAGUCUCCAUUGGCUGCUCCUCGAAUUCAUAAAACCUUUGUGUCUUUUGCUAGCUGUGUUAUUCCAGCCCAUUUGAAAACAUUUGGUACCUUAGUUGCCUACGUUACCCUCCGCUUGCUGAAACCAGAGUGUAGCCUGGACCCUGCAUGGUGUCAGGAAGAGCUGUCAGUUGCGGUAAAAAGAGCAGUCACUCUCUUAUAUUCAUAUACAGUACCGAAACGCAAGGGUGACCCAGGUGUUUCCCCAUUAUCCGCUCCUGUAUUUGCCUUCAUAUUUCCACUUUUGAAAAUGGUUCUGAUGGAAACUCCCAAUAACAGUCAAGAGAAUGAAGAGCUUCUGGUUCAGACAUUGCAAAUCAUCACUGAACAUUCACAGCUAAGAUCUAAUACCAACAAAAAUGACAUUGUGGAUGAGAAUGGCCCAGAACUGUUGCCACGUAGAGACAUGCUCCUUCUCCUUACCAGGGUGAUAGGGACAGCCUCCCCACAAUUACAGGUCAUGGCUUCCAAUACACUGACAACACUAUGUACAAGCAGUGGAGGAGGGGAAGGGUGCACAUAUGCAGAGCAAGAAGAAAUUGAUGUUUUGUUGCAAGCGCUUCAGUCCUCUUGCUCAAGUGUGCGAGAUGCUGUUUUAAUGGGACUUAUGGAGCUUAAGAUGGUGCUGCCGACACCAGACACUGAUGAGACAAACGGAUUGAACUUGUUGCACAGACUCUGGGUGGUGAAGUUUGAUGUUGAAGCUGAAAUUAAAGAACAAGCUGCAAAGUUUUGGGAAACAUUAGGGUUGGAAUUGCAGCCUGAACUCUGCUCCCUCCUUAUUAAAGAUGUUAUUUAUCAUGAAGAAGCAGUUAGGCAAGCAGGAGCAGAUGCAUUGUCUCAUGCAGUUGGAGAAUAUCAGCAUCAAGCUACUCCUGUCAUGAACAAACUGAUUGAGAUCUAUCAUGAGAAGCUCUAUAGACCACCUCCUGUAUUAGAUGCACUAGGAAGAGUGAUUUCAGAAUCUCCUCCUGACCAGUUUGAAGCAAGAUGUGGCAUUGCUCUUGCUCUGAACAAGAUGGCCCAGUAUCUAGAUGGCUCACAAGUUAAGCCACUUUUCCAGUUUUUUGUCCCUGAUGCACUUAAUGAUCGAAAUGAAGAGGUCAGAAAAUGCAUGUUGGAUGCUGCGUUGUCUGCUCUCAAUGCUCAUGGGAAGGACAGUGUUAAUUCUCUAUUACCUGUGUUUGAAGAAUUCCUAAAGAAUGCCCCCACUGAUGCUAGCUACGAUACUGUAAGGCAAAGUGUUGUUAUCCUUAUGGGCUCAUUGGCAAAGCACUUGGAUAAAAGUGAUCCCAAAGUUAAACCAAUUGUUGCCAAGCUAAUUGCAGCAUUAUCUACUCCAUCACAACAGGUUCAAGAAUCUGUUGCCAACUGUCUACCACCCCUUGUGCCAGCUAUUAAAGAAGAUGCUGGAGGAAUGAUUCAGAAACUUCUGACCCUUCUUCUAGAAUCUGAUAAAUACGCAGAACGUAAAGGUGCUGCCUAUGGACUGGCAGGACUAGUAAAGGGGCUAGGAAUUCUUUCCUUGAAACAGCAAGACAUGAUGACAACCUUAACUGAUGCCAUUCAAGAUAAAAAAAAUUUCCGGCGUAGAGAGGGAGCACUCUUUGCAUUUGAGAUGCUUUGCAAUAUGCUUGGAAAGCUUUUUGAGCCAUAUGUUGUUCAUGUAUUACCUCACCUUCUGCUGUGCUUUGGAGAUGGAAAUCAGUAUGUGCGAGAGGCUGCAGAUGAAUGUGCCAAGGCUGUUAUGAGUAAUCUAAGUGCCCACGGUGUUAAGCUUGUUCUGCCAUCACUACUGGUUGCUCUUGAGGAGGAAUCCUGGAGAACCAAAGCCGGGUCUGUGGAAUUGUUGGGCGCAAUGGCCUACUGUGCUCCAAAACAGCUAUCAUCUUGCCUUCCAAAUAUUGUGCCAAAACUCACAGAAGUGCUGACUGACUCGCAUGUGAAGGUUCAAAAAGCUGGCCAACAGGCAUUGCGCCAGAUUGGCUCAGUAAUACGCAACCCUGAAAUAUUGGCCAUCUGCCCUGUUUUGCUGGAUGCACUGGCUGAUCCUUCAAGAAUGACACAAAAGUGUCUACAAACUCUACUGGACACAAAGUUUGUGCAUUUUAUUGAUGCUCCCUCUCUUGCACUGAUUAUGCCCAUUGUGCAACGGGCAUUUCAGGACCGGUCCACAGAUACCAGGAAAAUGGCAGCGCAGAUUAUUGGAAAUAUGUAUUCUCUAACAGACCAAAAGGAUCUGGCUCCUUACCUUCCCAGUGUCAUCCCUGGACUUAAAGCUUCUUUAAUAGACCCUGUUCCUCAAGUUCGUACAGUGUCAGCAAAAGCUCUUGGUGCAAUGGUUAAAGGAACUGGGGAGUCUUGUUUCCAGGACUUGCUGCCUUGGCUUAUGGAGACAUUAGCAUCAGAUUACAGCUCUGUGGAUCGCUCUGGUGCUGCACAAGGUCUUUCUGAAGUUAUGGCUGGUUUAGGAGUUGAGAAACUUGAUAAGCUUAUGCCAGAAAUUGUAGCAACCGCCAGUAAAGCAGACAUUGCUCCCCAUGUCCGUGAUGGUUACAUAAUGAUGUUUAUUUAUUUGCCAAUUACCUUUGGUGACAAAUUCACACCUUAUGUUGGACCAAUUAUUCCAUGCAUCUUAAAGGCACUGGCUGAUGAAAAUGAAUUUGUGCGUGAUACUGCAUUACGUGCUGGACAAAGAGUUAUAACUAUGUAUGCAGAAACAGCUAUUGCACUCCUUUUACCACAGUUGGAGCAGGGUCUAUUUGAUGACCUUUGGAGAAUAAGGUAUAGUUCUGUACAGCUGCUUGGGGACCUUUUGUUUCAUAUCUCUGGAGUAACAGGAAAAAUGACAACAGAAACGGCCUCAGAAGAUGAUAACUUUGGAACAGUGCAAUCAACCAAGGCAAUCAGAGAAGCACUAGGAGCAGACAGAAGGAAUCGUGUACUAGCUGGGCUGUACAUGGGACGGUCAGAUACACAACUUGUAGUGCGGCAGGCAUCAUUACACGUUUGGAAAAUUGUGGUUUCAAAUACUCCUCGCACUUUAAGAGAAAUUUUACCAACCUUGUUUACAUUACUUCUGGGCUUUCUUGCAAGUACUUGUGCAGAUAAGCGAACGAUUGCUGCUAGAACACUGGGCGAUCUUGUUCGGAAGUUAGGGGAGAAAAUCCUUCCAGAGAUAAUACCUAUAUUAGAAGAGGGUCUGAGAUCUGAUAAGAGUGACGAAAGACAGGGCGUGUGUAUUGGGUUAAGUGAGAUCAUGAAAUCCACAAGCAGAGAUGCAGUAUUGUUUUUCUCUGAGUCUCUUGUACCAACUGUAAGAAAAGCAUUGUGUGAUCCACUUGAGGAAGUCAGAGCAGCUGCUGCAAAAACCUUUGAGCAGGUACACUCCACAAUUGGCUACCAAGCACUUGAAGAUAUUCUGCCAUUCCUCCUUGAACAGCUGAACGAUGAAGAAAUGUGUGAUUUUGCUCUGGAUGGACUUAAGCAAGUUAUGGCUGUGAAGAGUCGUGUUGUACUGCCUUACCUAGUACCCAAGCUGACUUGCCCUCCAGUAAACACACGAGUCCUGGCGUUUCUGUCUUCGGUGGCAGGUGAUGCCCUGACAAAACACUUAAAUGUCAUUCUUCCUGCUGUGAUGUCUGCUUUGAAGGCACAUCUGGGAACAGAGGAGGAGCAAGUGGAGCUGGCAAACUGCCAAGCCGUCAUCCUUUCAGUAGAGGAUGAUGUUGGACAGAGGAUUGUACUAGAAGAUUUACUGGAAGCCACCCGCAGCUCUGAUGUGGGAAUGCGACAAGCUGCUGCCAUUAUAUUAAAUAUAUUCUGUGCAAAGACAAAAGCUGAUUAUACAGCACAUCUCAGGAGCCUGGUGUCUGGACUUAUGCGGCUUUUUAACGAUAGCAAUGAGGUGGUUUUGAAUGAAAGCUGGGACGCCCUCAGUGCCAUUACCAAAAAACUCGAUGCUGGCAGCCAGUUGAUGCUAAUUGAUGAUCUGCACAGAGAUAUCCGCAUGGUGGGGAAUGACUCAAAAGGAGGUCAUGUACCAGGAUUUUGUAUUCCAAAGAAGGGUGUUACCUCAAUUCUACCUGUGCUGAGAGAGGGCGUUCUAACUGGGAAUCCAGAACAGAAGGAGGAAGCAGCCAAAGCCUUAGGUCUAGUGAUUAAGUUGACUUCUGCUGAAGCAUUAAAGCCUUCUGUGGUUGGCAUCACAGGUCCAUUAAUCCGUAUUCUCGGUGAUCGGUUUGCCUGGAGUGUUAAAGUGGCUCUGCUUGAAACCCUGAGCCUUCUUCUGGCCAAGGUUGGCAUUGCUUUAAAGCCUUUUCUUCCACAACUGCAAACCACAUUUACCAAAGCUCUGCAAGAUUCCAACCGUGCUGUAAGGCUCAAGGCAGCUGAUGCUUUGGGAAAGCUCAUUUGCAUUCACACUAAAGUAGAUCCACUUUUCACAGAGCUGCAAAACACUAUCCGUGUGUGUGAGGACUCUGGAGUCAGGGAAACCAUGCUGCAGGCUGUCCGAUUCAUUAUUCAGGGUGGUGGAGGAAAGAUAGAUGGAGCAAUCAGGAAAAGCUAUGUUACCUUGUUGCUUGGGAUGCUUGGACAUGAUGAGGAUGCCACCCGCAUGGCUUCUGCUGGCUGUCUUGGUGAGCUGUGUGCUUACCUACCUGAUGAAGAACUUUCUGUAGUACUACAGCAGCAUCUCUUAGCCGAUUUUACUGGAAUUGAUUGGAUGGUAAGGCAUGGAAGAAGCAUGGCAGUUGCUGUUGCUAUUAAUGUUGCAUCCAGAAGGCUCUGCACCCCACAGUUUAAUAGUAAUAUUGAAUCCGUGGUCUUCAGCAAUGCGACAGCAGACAGGAUUCCAAUAGCAGUGAGUGGAAUCCGAGGGAUGGGAUUCCUUAUGAAACAUUAUAUUGAGGCAGAAAAUGGAAACUUGCCUCCAAAACUAGUAACACUUUUCAUGAAGUGUCUUCAGAACCCAUGUAGUGAUAUUAAGCUUGUGGCGGAGAAGAUGAUAUGGUGGGCAAACAAAGAUCACUUGCCUCCUUUAGACCUCCAGGCUAUCAAACCAAUUCUCAAAGUGCUUUUAGACAAUACAAAAGACAAAAAUACCAGUGUGCGGGCCUACAGCGACCAGGCCAUAGUCAACCUGCUGAAAAUGAGGGCAGGCAAUGACCUAUUCCAGAAUAUUACAAAGAUACUGGAUACUGCUAGUUUAGAGAUGUUGAAUGAAAGCUCCCGCAGAUCUCUCAAGAAGAUUGCAGCUCAGGCUGACUCUACUGAACAGAUUGAUGAAACUAUUCUAACGUGAUGGAGACCAUGUGCUUGUAUGAUUGUUACAUGUCUGAACAUUCAUUUAAUGGUUUCGUUUUUGAAAAUGCACUCGUUGGGUAGUGCAGGAAUAUUGGCUUACUAUUGUUUCUUUUUAAUUAAAAGAAUAAUUAAAAAUCAGUUUCUAUACCACAUCUACAACCAGUAAUUUAGUUACUGCAUAGAUAAAAGUGAUGCUUGUGAAAAAAUGGUUAAACACCUGGAAGAUUAGUGUUGAAAAUUUGUAUAAUGGAAAAAAAUGAAUGCUAUUUGCCCAAUAAAGAGUAAAUGCAAAAUUAAACCCAACUGUAAAAAAAGAUUACAGGGACUGUA